UCCCACCAUAUAUAACCCCCCACGAACCCAUUCGAUUCCUCUCUAGUUCACUCACCUCCUCCCGAUCUUUUCUUCUCCCACACCUCUCGCAUCAGUUAAAAAAGAGAAAAAGAAUGGCUCUCGGAAAAUCUGGCAAGCUCUCCCAGACGCCGGUGAUCAAGCAGAUUGUGCGGCGGUGCUCGAGCUUCGGCAAGAUCAAGCACCCGUGCGAUCAAGAAGGCCUCCCCCUGGACGUGCCCAAGGGCCACUUCGUCGUGUACGUCGGGGAGCGCAGGAGCCGCCACGUCGUCCCCAUCGACUUCCUGACCCGCCCGGAUUUCCAGGGCCUGCUCCAGCAAGCCGAGGAGCAGUUCGGGUUCCACCACGAGACGGGGCUGACGAUACCAUGCGGAGAGGAGGAGUUCGUGUCCCUCUGCUUUGGCCACAGGGAAGAGUUCCGGUCUCCGAAGCCGAGCCUCAGAUAGGAAAAAGAUGGGCACGGGUUAGGCGUUCUGGGUGUUCGCUUUUUUAAGAAUCUUUUAGGGGUUGGUCGUCCUUGAUUUUGGGGACCUUUUUCUUUUUCAACGGAGAAAAAGCAAACAAGGAACGGAGGAUUAGUCAAGAGUAGUGUAGCCCGAAAGCCCGUUAUUAGAAGUGGGUUGGGCAGAUGUGUCAAUCGACUCUCUAGAUUUGAGAGUUUUCUCCCGUCGUUGGUGUGGAGUGGAAGGUGUGCCAUUGUACCUAAACCUACCGACCCUCUGAAAAUAUUCAAUUUUACUGAUCUUGGGAACUCUGUUUUUCUUA